AUGGCGUCCCACGGCGUCUCCGACGUCGUCGACGCGGCCUGGUUCAAGGCCCACGUCGCGGGCAAGGUCGACGACGCCGUCUUCGCGGACGUGCUCCCGGGGACGCCGAGCGCCGACGAGCUCCGGGCCGCGAGCGCGAAGAAGGACGCGCUCUUCUGCGAGCACGUGUCGAAGACGGGCGCGACGAUCGUCGAGGGCCUCGACGGCUUCCUCGGCCGGUGCCGGGCCGAGGGCGUCACCUGCGUCGCCGUGUCCAACGCCCAGCGCGGCGGCUGCGAGGCCGUCCUCGGGCAGAUCGCGCGCGAGUUCCCCGAAAACGGCGCCGCGAUCUCCGACCUUUUCGUGGGCGCCGAGUGCGCGCGCGCCAAGCCCUUCCCGGACCCCUACCUCGAGGCCAUGGCGCGCCUCGGCGUCGAACCGAAAACCUGCGUCGUCUUCGAGGACUCGGGCACGGGCAUCAAGGCCGGCGUCGCCGCGGGCGUCGCCGUCGUCGGGCUGACGACGUCCAUGACCGCCGAGGCCAUGCGCAGCGCCGGCGCGACGGCGACGGUCGCCGACUGGACCGAGGUCACGCCCGACUUCCUCCGCGGGCUCGUCGCGCAGCAGGCUGCCGGGCCGUCCUGCCCGCUGCUGUAA